AUCUAUAAUCUAUUUACUCCAAAAUUUAGGUUAUGAUUUUCUUCUUCUUUUGAUUUACUUACAUGGCAAGUCCACUAUUUUAGGUGUUAGUACAAUAUUACUUGACAAGCAUUUGUCGAUUAAUUUGCUAAAGAAACUAAAGAACUUUAUUGAUUUGCAAAGAAAGAGAACUAGAAGUUCUUUUUUACAAUACACAUCGGAUCUUGUUGUCUUCAAUUUCUAUUUAUAUAAGUUAUUCAGACUACUUUAUUUCUGUGGUUUUUUUAUUGUCUAAUAUACUAUCAACAUUGUUUAUCAAGAAUAAAAUAUUAUAUAACAAUUUACAACUAGUUGAUUUAUUAUUUACUAUGUUAGUAAUAUUGUUUUUGUCACUUUAGAGAUUAGACCACAGUUACAUAUUACAAAUAAAAAAUAUUUAACCUUAAGGGCCUAUGUCACCGAGUUCACGUAGGGCCCUUGAAAUUAUAGAGCUAGCCCUACGAACGGGCGGCGGAGGGGGAAAAAUUGGAGUCGGUGAGAAAGAUGGUGAGCAGCAUGAAGCUUCCUUUGGUGGAUGGGGAGGAGCAGUCGUCCUAUGACCCCAUGGGGGAAAAGUUGAAGAUGAUGAGCGGCAAGAUUAUUUCGGAGGAGCAGCGUCUAGUGGAGUUGGAGUUGGAGUUGGAAGAUGAAGAGGAGGUGGAAGAUGAGGAGUUGGCCGAGCUGAUAACGGCGCGAGACUUCCGUGUCAGCUGGGAACAUCGCUUUACCCCUCGCUAUUCCUUCAACGACACCACAACCGUAUGUCCCAUGCGCUAUACGGAGGGACCUAUCCCAAGAUAUGCUUGCUGUGGUGAUACCUUGCAGAUCUUCUCUCUCCAAGUGAAAGAAGCAAAAGGUGGUCUUGACUGGCCGCUGCAUGUGUAUGGCUUGGUUGCCACCAGGGACUCUGUAGAUCAAAGGCGCAACCUUCUUUUCAGGUGCACAAGGGAUAAUUGUCAAAUUCUCACUCCACAGGAUUCACACCUGCUGUUAACAGGCCCAUCUCGUGCAGUUGUGGUAAUUGAUCCAGUAACGUUUGAAGUUGAACUAAAGGUAAAAGGAAAAACAGAGGCUGAGGAUAAGGUGUUGAGCCUAAGGGUCUUUAUGCACCACACUGUGCAUGCUCCGCAGAUGUUUGUCCAGCAAACAUGGGGAGCUUGAGUUGACAUGUGCUGGACUUGUAGAGCAGUUGAGGCCACAAUGGUGAGUAUCCAAGUUAGAGAGGGGUCAUGGCCAGAUCAUAUACGAGGGUUGGUCGUUUGUCGUACGGGCAGCGUAGAGGGAGGGGAUUUUGUGCUGCUUGAUUCUGGAGAUGGAAGAAUGCCUAUUAACAGCUACGAUGGUGGCAUUGAGCUUUCAAGGCGUCGUCGCACAACCUCAAUGUCGUCGUUGCAAGAGGCAGUGCUGUUUUCAAGCCUCGCCGUGCCGGGAGUACUAGUCUUGUAUGGGACCUUGGGUUUUGUAAGGUGGAAGCUACUGUUUGUUGGUCGCUCCACGCGACC